AUGAUUCCGGAUCAGAAACUGUCGCACACACCAGAGUUUGAGAUCCCACCGGUUCCUGAAGCUGUUUCAGCACCCGGUUCACCUCAUCAAACCAAAACCAGACACGAUGUGAUGGCUCCGACUGAGGAUACUGGUAGUUUUGAAGAAAAACCUGUGGUGGCUCCAACGGAGGAGCCCGCCAAAGAGGCGAAGCCUAGGAAGGCGGUGAGAAAGGAUUCCCUUGAGAAGCAAGUCCGUCGCAGCCGUUGUAUCUUCGAUCAAUCUCACGGGGACGGAAGCUUUUCUGCAUCGGCCGGUUACUUCUUGAAGAACGACGGACAUCAAGAAGGCUCGUCGUCCAAACGCCAACAUAAAUGA